UCACUAGGAAAAGACGUCCUUCCUGCAAGUUUAUUGCGCGCCAGUAUGUCGCGAUUUUUUGAAUAACUCGGAACGUGCGUUGCCCAGCUCUAGCUGGAUUCUAGUUUGAAUUCGGAAUCGGACAUUCUACAUUUUAAAUAUAUAUUUUUUUAUUUUGAAAAAGUUUUUUUUUAUAUUUAAACACUUGGCAGGCGGGCAAAAGUUAAAUAUUUCAAGAACAUUUUCCAGACUUUCGACGAUGGUAUAAUUUUUCAUAAAUAAUUCGAAAAGACAGUAGUGACUUGUGUCGUGUUGUGAUAAUUUGAGUAUUUUAGAACUUUUAUUUGGACUCCUGUGUUUUUUCUGUUUAUUUUAUUUGGUCCAAAUAAAUUGGUUAACACAUACAACAACAGACAAUCGCUGGGCAGACUAAGACUAUAUCGGACACAUGAUUCCAUAACAAAACCGCGCGCAAAAAAACCAAGAUGGCGGACAACCAGCACUUCUGCCUUAGAUGGAACAACUAUCAGAGUAGCAUCACCAGUGCUUUCGAGAACCUUCGAGAUGAUGAGGACUUCGUGGAUGUCACCCUGGCCUGCGACGGGAAGAGUUUGAAGGCUCACCGGGUGGUACUAUCAGCUUGCAGCCCUUAUUUCAGAGAAUUGUUGAAGUCAACACCAUGCAAGCACCCAGUGAUCGUCCUGCAAGACGUGGCAUUCACAGACCUCCACGCUUUGGUGGAGUUCAUAUACCACGGCGAGGUGAACGUGCACCAGAGGAGUCUCUCCUCGUUCCUGAAGACUGCCGAAGUGCUCCGCGUGUCUGGGUUGACGCAGAAUGAGGAUGUGCAAGGGCCGCUGCUGCAGACAUUGCGAGCGUCAGCCACCGCGCCCUCCCCGCACACGCCGCCCCACCCCGCCCACACCCCCCACCCGGUCCACACGCCGAGCUACAACGAGAAGCUGGAAGAAGCCCUCUCGCUCCCCACCGGGGUGCCCCCCCAAAUGCUGCGCCGGAUCCCCCUCCCCCCUCGCCGAAUGUCCCGCUCAGCCGACAACUCCCCAGACGUCAUCAAGCGUCCCCGCCACGACAACAACAACACGGAACAGAACCAAGUGCACGACUUCUCCACCAAGAAUUCCAUCAACAACUCCAGGCAUGAGCCUGGGAAUAACGGGAACGGGAUAUCCAACAGCAGUUCGUCCCCGUCUCCGAGGCUGAUGGAGGACGUGAAGAAUGAGCCGCUGGACAUGAUGUGCGUCCAGAACGCUGACAUUGACAGGAGCACGGACGACACCCCCCCGCACCAUCACAGACCACUUGGAGGCGGGCCGCCGUCCCGCGGCAGUUCUGCGGAGGCCGACGACCGCACGCCACCGCCACAGCUGCCGCCGUCGCCUUUCGUCCCUCCAGACACCAAGUUCCCAUCAUACAACUUCGGCAUGGCAGCCCUAACCGACCCAUCUUUGGCUGGUAAAUAUUUUUGUCUGCCGAGCCCCCUGGCGUCUGACGGCAUGGCGAGCACCUCCCAAGCUGUCCCGCCCCUCCGUAUGCCCCCGCCGACAGCUGGCGGGAUCAACGAGCCGCAGGAAUGUCCCUACUGCCGCAGGACAUUCUCUUGUUACUAUUCCUUAAAACGACACUUCCAAGACAAACACGAGCAGUCCGAUACUUUGUACGUCUGUGAGUUCUGCCACCGAAGGUACAGGACCAAGAACUCGCUGACUACCCACAAGAGCCUCCAGCACCGGGGCUCCAGUGGGAUGCUGAAGCGGCUUCUAAAGACGUCAGCGCUGCACAGCGCCUUGGCGCCGGCGCCGCACCACCUCUUCGACCUUGGCGCCAGUGACCAUGGCCCGCAACUGCCGCCAGGCCUUCAAUGACCUCAGACCAUGGCUUAACUCGGUGGUAAAACUCCCUAUUCCAAAUAAACUUGGGCGCAACGUCCAAGAAUAUUUGCAAUAUGGCCAAUUGGACGCGGAUGCGAAAGGGAUAGCAUAACAUAUGUGCAAUAUAACGGACAAUGCCAAAAUAAUGCAGGAUUAUGCCGCAUUUUAAUGGUUAAUCGUAUUAUAAUUAGUAAAAUAUUGACGUUAGGUUUAAAAUUACAUAAACAGUAUUGUCGCACGCGGCUGUAGAAGCCGUUUAGUGUACGCUUCGAGGAUCGGACUUCGCUUUGUGACUUUGACAGUAAGCAAGUUACGGGCAUUUUCUAGUGAAAAUGUAUAAAACAGUGUUCAAUAUGACAAUGUAAUCCAGAGCAAUACUAAAGUAUUAAUAUUUCUAGUACUGCCAAAAUAAUGCCAACUCUAUUCUAAAGAGAUACAUUUUUUUAGAUCACUUUUCGAUAAAUGUCUAGUGUCAAAUUAGAUUCGGUAACUGUACAAAAAAAGAACGUACAAAUUUUAAACAGUAAAUUUAAAAGUGAAAAGAAAAUAUUUUUUAAUGAAACUUUUUUCGGAACGCCAAAUCUAAAUUUAAAAAAAUACAGAUUAUUUAGGAAAUAAUUAAACAAAAAAAAAAUUAGAUUAAAAAAUGUUAAUGUUGAGUAAAAAUUAAAGACUUCUUAGAAUCUGAUUUCGAAAGUACAAAAUUAAACGUCUAAUUGAACAAUAUAAAUUUAUUCUAUGUGCGUUUGGCUUCAAUAAUAAUAUUAAUAUCAUCAAUGUUUAAGUAGCCGUGCCUUCGUUCGUUGCCCUAUAUGUGGCGUCACGGAGUUGCCGAACUGGUAGGAACGGGCUGUACAGCGACCGGCAGCGAGGUUCAAACAUAAGCUAGCUAUUGAAUUAAUUUUGAAUUUGUAAAUAAAAAAUACGCGAUUAUAAACAAUACUUAUCGUUUUCGUUUAUCAGGAGCUGUUUUACUAUAAAUUAAAAUCGUUUAAUAAAUUAUUUGAAAUUAAUUCAAUGAAAUAGCAUGUUAAACUCUUGUGAAGGCGCUUCAGCACGAACGAAAUAGUAGUCGCGGUGAAUUCGACAAGUUGGUGGGGUUGCCAUCUUUUGGUAGCUCCCAAAAUACAGGGUUAAGAGUGAGUAGAGAAUGAGAUAGGAAUAAAGGCGCCGGUGAGCCUAUGCGAGGGUCUUCGAAAAGCAGUUCGACGAUCGUAUACGUGUGCAUGAUUUCAAAUCAUGAAGUAACAUUAAUCAUUUCUUCUGUAUAAAAUUACGUAGAAUUUAGGUAUUAAUUAAUAGAAUUAUAUUUAACCUGUAUCCAUGUUCGGAUUUCUCUCUAUGAGUGUAUAGUGGUUCUUAUUUAAAUGUCGACCAACGUAGCGGAUGUCUCGUUAACAAAAAUUUAUUAGAUUAUUAUUAUUAUUAUAUUCUCAAAAUCUUAGAAUUAACCAUAAGAUGGCUGCAAAUUGUAUAAAAUUAUUUUAUUUACUUAUACGUAGUAAAUUUGCUUGGGAACCGCAUUUAUUUCAAAUACGAGUCUUACAUAUCUUGUCAGGGUUAAAAUUUGACGAAUUCAGAAAUAUAUCAUAACAUUUACACAGAAGAUAAUUCUUAGUUCUACAUAUCACACAACGUAAAUAUCUCUACAAAUACAUAUGAAAUGAAUUAAAGUAUUUAACACCGUGAUAUUUCAGAAAGCCAAAGAAAAUUAAAGAGAUAUAAUAUCUGCAAUAUUCAGUAGAGUUAAUAUGGAUGGUUGUCAAAAUUUUAACGAAAUGCAUCGUGCCAUAUCCAAUUUUUAAAAAAACAUUUGGAACAUAUCAAGUCACUGAAAGUGAUAAUGUUUUUGAAACAGUUUAUAAUGCACUAUUUUAAAAAUCAUCAAUGCAAGCUAUCAAUGCAUGAGUCCAAGCAUUAUAUCAAUGCAUUUUUCAACUCAACGCCAUGCCGGCAUCCAAUUUUUGCAUUUAUUUUUUCAAUAUAAGAACCUCGGGUUAAGGUCUUAAUUUAAGUUUUUGUAUUUUAUUUUCUUUUGGAAUGUUACAUUUUCGUAUUUUGUGAUAAUGUAUUUACAUUUAAUGGUCGUUACUUGCUAUAAUCCAGAUAGUUUUAACAUAAGUUUUGACAUUAUAACCUCAGCUUAAAAUCUAAGAUAUUAAUUUAAAAUUCACUUUGGAUAGUAUCGUAAACCAACAUCGUAUAACGCGUAUACCUCCAUAUUUUCGUAAUACCUCAACUUAUAUUAUUUUGUUUUUUUAUAAUUUUUAUCGAAUGUUAAUACUGGGAUACACGUCUGAGUCAACAGGAACAGAAUACGUUACGAAUCAUUUAGCUGAAGCAUAGGGAGUAAAAAGAAGCGGGUAGAUUGAAUUGUAAAUAAUUAUAAGUUAGUUACAACACGCAAGAAUCGCGGCAUCGUUUGGAUUAGACGCCUCGUGAUAUUAUUAACUAAAUAAUAAAUAGAAACAUUAAUGGGAAGGAUUUUUAUAUAUUCUACUAAUGGAUUUAUUGAUAGUGAAACUUAGAAGUAGUCUUCAUAACAUUAUUAAUGUUCUUGUGUUUAUUGUUUUCGCUGUGCAAUCAGCUGUUCGUCGGACCGCGCGGGUCGGCGGUCUGCACCUCGACAGUUCGUUGAGCUAUUAAAUUUUCCCACCAAAAUUAUAAUUUAAAUGUUGCUUUGAUGUUUGUAAUUCUAAAUUGUUUGAUCUCAAUGAACAGCUGCGGACUACAUCAUUUGGGAGACAGCCGUUGGUGAUUGUUAUUAGGUCUUAUUGUCUUUUGUGUUAAGUUUGGAAACGUGUCGGCAAAAAAAUUCAUGUCGCAGCUUAAAAAUGGCGGUGCGUAGGGGAGGCCCGAGAGAACGGAAACAGCGAAACAAUAUAUAUCUUAUUUUGCAAUGUAUACCAAAAUACUGCAUUUUUAAUAGUAAGUUUGAAAGUGAGAAAUCGUUUUUUUUUUUAAUAAAUUUACGCGUUCUGGAUUUAGCAAUAUAAUUUUUGCUUCUUCGCCAAUUAAUUAUUAAGUUGAAUAAUUAAAUACUUUGAACCGACUGUGUUACUAAGUAGCGUAUGCACAAAUAAUCAACAACGGGAUGCCUUCUGACAGUACAACUAUAACAAUAGCCUACAGUAGGUAAAUAUAAAUAAGACAUUUAAUAUAAGUACUAUAAAAUGGCACUAUGGGGUUGCCAACAAAGAGCUUAUCUGCCAAUCUAUCGUUGAACAAAAAAUAUAUACAUUUAACAAAUUUACCUUGUGCAUACAUAUCCCCUUAAUAGUUAAACUAAAACCCUUUCGUGCCAUUUUAUCGUAUUUUUUAUUAUCACAGUUUAUUUGCAAAUGUCAUUUUUUUACGUGAAACCUCAUCAGUGUAGCCAAACAAUUUUCGGUUCAAUAAUAUUCAGAUUGCAUUUUGGAGUUCCGGGACACUGCCAAUUAGUCCUCUAUUUUUAAAAUAAAUAAUAAUUAUUAUAAAAUCAGGUUUAUAUAUUAACAAUACCUUAUCGGAUUCUAAUAUCCGUGUUCACAAAUAUUCACAAAUCAUCUGUUUUAACCGCUUCUAUGAUAUAAGUAUUACCUCCAAUAUAAAUAAGUAUUACCUCUCCAAUCGUUAAUUUGUAAUGUGUUAGCCUGCCCUGUACGGAGCCAGGUAUUUUAAUUUAUAUGUUAACAAUAACCAGAUUGCACUAACAUCUAAGCAUACCUAUUUACCAUAAAACAGUUAUAUUGUAAAUAUCAAUUUAUAUAGCACUUGUUACAUAGUUUUUUCCCAUACACACAUACAUUAUUUUUGUUGAUCCAUAACCAUAUUUAAAAUGCAAUAGAUUUUUUCGUUACUGUUUUUAUUUAUAGAAACAUAUAACCGUCUUCAAACAUAUAUCCGUCAGUAAAAUGCAUUUAUAAAAACCAAAAAUAAGUUUAACUAUUUUAUGAAGUUUUGAUGUCGGUUAAUUAAUGUUCCUGUGCCUAUAAAUAAAAACAGUGAUGUACCAGUACCUACAAUAGUUAAUUUAUUAAAAUAAUUAUUUGCUCGACCAGGGAAUCGACAAUCUUUUAAGAUUAAAUCGACCAAAUCAAUACAUACCUACAUGUUAAUAUUAAUAUUCAUUUUCUUGUUCACACUUUUAUAAUAGCAUCCACUUGUUAAUUUAUUCUAUCUGCUAUAUUAAUAAUAUUUUAAUUAAAUUUAGGGCAUCAUAAUUGUUCUUACAUACACAACUAAAUAAAUUGUCUUAAAGAAUUUUACAAAGGUACAAGCAAAAGUUGCCUGUAUUUCAAUAAACAUACUAACCAAAAUCACUUACGCCAAACUAGAUUAGGAUUAUUAUCGUAAUGUAAUAGUCACAAUCCACGUACUAAAGCGGUGCGUUUUAAUUGCGCUGCCGUGUGACAGUACGCGUGGUGUUGCCCUCAACAUGAAAAUAAUUUCCCUAACUCCCCACAAAGGGAUUAGGAGCAUCACUAAGUUAAAAUAUAACGUUAUUGUUGACUGUUUGAUAUUUAAAUAUAGCUUAAUAACGAGUCGAUUUGGUCUUAAGUGAAUAGCUUUAAUGUAUAUCAGUAUACUUCCAGUCUGAUAUAGUGUAAUCGUUAUAAUACAGUUUAGCAAUAGUUUCCGCGACCCACAAUACCUCAUUCAAAUAUUAUAUAGUUUAUGUACAUUUAUCUAUAAGCAAAACAAACUUGGCAGAUUUUUUAUCGGUGAUUUCUUAAUUAAAUAACAGAGUGUUUCCCGGCACCAAUAUAAAUAAGAAUAGGACCACUCCAUCUCUUUCCCGUGAUUGUCGUGAAAGGCGACUUAGGGAUAGGCUUAGUAACUUGGGAUCCUGGGAUUCUUCUUUUAGGCGAUGGGCUAGCAACCUGUCACUAUUUGAAUCCCAAUUUCAUCAUUAAGCCUAUCAGCUGAACGUGGCCUAUCAGUCUUUCAAGACAAUUGGCUCUGUCUUCACUGCAAGGGAUACAUAAAUACAUAAAAUCAAGCCUUUUUCCCGGAGGGGUAGGCAGAGACUACAUCUAGUAAGGGAUAUAGACUUGAUUAUAUGAAUGAAUGAAUGAUUUCUAAGGAUUUUUCAUAUAAUGAUGUGAUAUGUUUUAUUAAUUUUAGGUUCUUAUUUAUUUUUAUCUAGUUUAGGUCUUUUAUUAUAUUUCUUAUAGGCAAGAUGGUCAGUAUAUUCAUACGAACAUGAUUCCGCCUUGUUAUAUGUAUAUAUACGUAUUUAAAAUAUAAGCAUUCAUUUCAAAUCCUAAAAAUUAAUCUGCCAGGCCUUCUGAGAACUAGUUACAUACUAAAAAAUAGUUCCGUAACUGAAAGUGCACUUACAUUUUAUAAAGUAAUUAAAAAUGUAUUAUAAAUGAAGUCUGCCCUGGUCGAGCAACCGUUGACACCCGUCUCAUACCUAUAAUAAAAAUAUUUACAAUAUAUGUACACGCUUAUGACAAACAAUAUACUGACAGUUAUAUGAAGUAGAAUUAACUUUUUAUCUACAGAUUAAGCCGUGGUGCAUUUCUGUUGAGAUUCUCUCAAAAAAUGCAAAAAUAAAAAUGGCGAAAACUAUUGUUGCUCUUUGGUCGCUCACAGAAUGAUUGAACAAAUGCGAGUUGUGGAACCGAGGUUUUUAACAGAAUUGCAUCACUUUACUGUUAUGCUUGGGUGACACAUUUUAUAAACAGAAAUAUUUUUUUAUGAGAGUAAAAAAAAAAGAAAACAAUUUAUAUGUGAAGUUAAUUAAGUGGCAAUUCUAAUUUUUAUUGCACUCUAUAUUUUUGCUGACACCUAGGAUUAGAGUUACUCUUUUUUUCGUAAUUUAAUGUAUGCACGAUCUGCGUUUUUAUUAGCAACAUUUUCUUUUCUUAAUCAAUGUUUGGGUGAUACUUACACCUUUGGAGAACGUCUCAGAUUUAUCCGUUAAAAAGUAAAAGAGCGUAAGUGUCAUUUAAAACAUUUAAGCCUAAACUAAUAUUGUGUUAUUAUGUAAAAGUUAUGGUUUGCCAUCGUUGAACAAAGAUAAAAUAUGUGUUAUAUACAUUUAGUUAAUGAGUUUUGUUAUACUUUUAACGUUCGGGACAGUGUGGGAUGAUGUACAAAAAUGUUUCAUAGUAUUGUGUAUUGAUUGAAUAAGGUUAGAUGUGUCCGGGCCGUGCGUACGCGGACCGAUAGGGAAAUAGGAUUUCUCCCCAAAUUGUUGUAAAUUGGAACAACUUCAGGUCGGAGGAGACACUUAAAGUACUAUUGUUGUAGGUUGUAAUGGAUUCGAAUUAUGGAGAAUAAGUCGAAGGUUUUAAUGCUCACUGAAAUUUUGAGGUAGCCGUUUAGGAUUGACAACCAUUAUUUUUGGUCGAUGAAGUACCAAAAGUUGAGAUAAUAAAACAAAUUGAAUAUAGGUAUUAACAAUGAUUUUAUUCUCUCAAUUUGCGAUUGCUAAGUUGACAAAAAAUAAAAGUUAUCAUUAAAAAUAAGGAUUGUAUAUAUAUAAUAAAAUUAAUUCAAAAUUAGUUGAGAAUUUGGCUAAUUUGAUAGUGAUUUAGAAAUUUAAAAAAGAAAUUAUCACACUUUAUCAUAUAGUCACUUACAUACAACUGUGCGUUAGUGAUAGAUUAUAAAAAUCAUACAAAUUAGUACCUACAUGAAGAACAAAACUACUUAUUUAUCUUAUAACUUUGAAAUUGUAAAUAAUCAUGUACUAUGUAUUGAACACGCGUUAAUUACGAAAUGCGUAUCAUGUGAAUCUGCAAAGCUGUAUCUCUCUAUUUCAGUGAUCGUAAAACCGUGUCUUACUUGUUUUGAUGUUGUUGAUAAAUGUGAUUAAGGAAUCAGCUGGGGUCGGUGGUACAUAUCAACGGUCGGAAUCUUAGUACUAUAAGUAUCUUGUUAUCUGGCUGCAGAGUCCUUCUUGAGUCACAAACUCGAAAAAAGUUUAUAAUUUAUAUUUGACAAUAUCAGUAUAUUUCAAGUACUGUAACUUUCAGUGUGUGGUAAAAACAAAUGUGAUUACAACGCUUGAUUACAUACCAUUGGUAUAAAAGACUUUAAGACAAGAUUUCUUACGUAUUUUUGUCAGAUAGCCUUUCUUUGUUUAUUCGUAUUAAAAAAGGUUCGAAAAAUUGGCAUUUCAUCAUACGAUAUCUGAACCAUUUGUGACAGCUGCUCUUUUAUUGUAAAAGUCAAAUAAAGUGAAGGUUUUUAACCUUCGGCACCUUUAAACUCCCAACCUGUCACUAUCUGAAUCUCAAUUCCAUCAUUAAGCCAAACAGCUGAACGUGGCAGUCAGGUUUUUUUCGAGACUAUAAAUUCAGUCUACACCUUAAAAAAAAGAAAGUGUGAUACUGUUAUAAUUUUUAAUCUGUAUUAACAUAAUGCAUUGUGGCUUUAAGAAGGACUAUUUGCUAUUAUUUUUUAAAACUUCUAUGAGGUUAGUUUACGUUCGGAAAUCUGAAUUCUGAAUUUAUCAUGCGAAGUAUAACAGUUGGAUGUAAUAAAAGUAUAAAAUAAACUCGCAGUGAUUCCAUUGAA